AUGGUAGUAUUCGAAGUGGGUCAGCAAUCGCUCGCCCUCGGAAACCAAUUUCCCAGACCUCCACAACGAAGGCGUGAUGGCUGUUCGGAAUGUCGAAGGAAAAAGGUCAAGUGCGAUCUGCGCAGGCCUGUUUGUUCGCGAUGCACUCGCUUUCCGAAAGAGUGCAGAUAUGGCCUGAACUUUAUCAGCGAGAGACAACGCUCAAGGCGUCAAGAUACAGCAGAACAGCCUCUUCGCAGUCCCAUAAAGCCCAAUGUCAGGUUAUGCGUCGAUGAAUCAUCCUCGAUUCUUCCACGCCAGCUUCACCUUAAUCCAUCUCCCUUUCUAUCAACAGAGGAGUCUCUAUUCUUUCUCCGCCUCUUUGCUACUGAGACCGCUCCGCGGCUCUUUCCCGCUGCUCCAAGCAUUUUCGUGCAUCAGUUAGUGAAUCGUGCCCUUGAGACGCCUCACCUACUUCAUGCGCUCCUAGCAUCAGCGAGUAGUCACCACGGCCGCUUGGUGGGAGACACUGCCGCGAGAUCAAGGACGACUACUCUGAAAUUCACUAACUUUGCUGUCUCCGGCCUACGGACUGCCCUCAGUACGCCAGAGGAGAUGCCGAAAGCAGAGACAACUAUGACAGCUCUUACUUUAUGUACAAACGAUAUAUGUAAUGGGAAUCGGGACAUAUGGCGGGCUCAUCUGUCUGGAGCAACCCGUUUACUGGCUGCUUUCUUGGAUCGCCAUACCGAAGCUCCAAGUGUUGCUGACCCGUUCGAUUUGUGUUUGGUCAAGUGGUUUGCCACGCUAGAUAUCAUGGCGAAUCUGACAGGAAUCAGUGCAAGCCCAACCGACAGGGACCCAUGUUGGUACCUAGACAGGAUCCCUGGCGCACGAGUUGGCUACGUAGAUGAUAUAUCUGGCUACUCCCCGGAGCUGAUACCAAUGUUGGCUCAGCUGGCACAGAUGGCAAACAGACAAGAUGUAUGCAUGGCAGCAAAACAUAGCGCACAGUUCACCUUGCCACAGCAGCUAUUGGAAGAGGCUCGGGAGCUGGAAUGCAGGAUCAGGUCUAUUACGGAUAGGUCUGUUUCAAACUCCACAUCAAAAAAUCAUGACAGCGCGCUUACAGUCGACUUACGACACACCCAUCGUGCCUUUGUCCAUGCUUCACUGCUUCAUCUCCACCGCCGGGUUCAAUUGCUUCCGAGGGACCACAGUCAAGUCAAGGAAGAUAUCACCAACAUCGUCAACGCUGUUGUAAAUAUAGACCCCCUCUCUCCUGCCAACAUACUUAUUCUCUGGCCGAUGUUCAGUGCUGGCUGCGAGACCAGCUUCGUGAGCGAACGUGACCUGAUCCAAAACCGCAUGGCCAAUAUGCAAAGUCUUGGAAUGGGCAAUUACACCAGAGCUAGAGAUAUGUUGAGACUAUUCUGGUCGUCUGGUAGUCUUUUACCAUGGGAUGUUUACUUUGCGGAGCAGGGGAUACAACUAGUUUUAUUUUGA